CGCGGAACCCUGAGUCGUAGUUGCGUUUCCAGAGAAGCGCAUUCACUGCGGCACUAACGGCCCUACGCAGGUUCCGGUUGGCUGCUGCGCCAUGGCGGCGGUAGAGCUGCAGCGUCCUGCCCCGGAGGCACCAGCGCCCUCUCGCCCGAGUACCGAAGGAGUCGGCACCCCGGGUCUUUCGGCCUUUCCCUGUUCCGGGCGUCCCACCCUCCCGGACGCCGCCCCCUUACUAGGGAACCGCGACGCAGUCUCAAGGAAACAGAAGAAGAAGAAGAAGAAAGUCCCGAACAGGCCCUCUGUAGCUGAUGGAGGCGGGAAGACCGCGGAGACGCCCGCUGCAGAGGCAUCUGUGCCCAGCGCGGAAGCCCAGGCAAGGGCGGAGCAGCUGGCCCGAGAGCUCGCCUGGUGCGUGGAGCAGCUGGAGCUGGGCCUCAAGAUGCAGAAACCCACCGCUAAACAGAAAGAGCAGGCUAUUGGGGCAAUCCGAAUCCUGCGCAGUGAAAGAACCCCUUUGCCCAGGAAGAGACAGCUGAUGCGCUCCAUGUUUGGGGACUACAGGGCUCAGAUGGAGGCCGAGUGGCAGGAAGCCCUCCGGGCUUUAAGGGCUGCUGCCCACUCAGCCCAUGUACAGCCUGUAGGUGAAGCCACCAGAAAGAAGAGCCAAAAGGUCUGCAGAUGUCGUCCAGCAGGAGGAACCAAGGUCACUCUGGACAAAACUAAUGAAUUUAGAUUCAAUUUCUUUUAAUCUCUCCCCAUGUUCUGGAAUACUCUUCUCCCCCAGGAUGAUGUGAGGAUUUGUCUUGAAUGCAAGGCUUUUCCAGGAAUUCUCUUCAGCAGAAGUGGGGUUAGUUUAUCCCUAACUGGUCUGUGGACCCGGAGCUGUUGGGCAGGUGUGAAAGUUACAGAUGAGCACAAGACCUCAUGUGUCGGUUGUGCUUUUAAAAAUAUGAAUUGGUCCUGUCAGAAGAGAGAUGCAUUUUGAAAAUUUACUGAUAAGCUUAAGCAAAUGUUCGCUGGAUUGUAGAAAGAAUAUUUUACUCAGCCUCAAGGAUUUGGAUAGCUUUUGGUAAUAAUGAUUUGUGGGAAACCUAUGCAGUUAUACCUGGGCUCAUUUCUGAAAGAAUAUCCUGGCCAGUG